CGGGCCGGGCCCGGCGCACGGGGACAUGGAGCCGGUGCCCGGGGGCGGCCGGGUGUCGGUCAGGGUCAGCCUGAGGGAGCUGGCCGACCUGUCCAUCGGCACGCCCGAGGCGGGCAGCGUCAACUUCAACGCCCUUCACACCUUGCUCCUCGCCAUCCUCCGCCACCUCAACCUGCAGGACGUGAAGACGGAGCUGCCCUACGUGAGCACCGACAUCUCCCGGGUCUCCUCCAUCGCCUUCCCCCUGGCCGUGGGCGGCGCCGCCGCCGCCGAGGACGACCGGAGCGUCGAGGGCCCGGAGGCGUCCGGCCGGAGGGACGGCGAGGACGAGCCCGCCGGCAGGACCGGCCAGGAGGCCGAGGAGGACCGCGCCGCGGCCGGCCCCGAGCGGGACGUGGAGGCCCGGCUGCGCGACCUGGAGAGGAAGAUCCGCGGCCUGGGCGACCGGGUCCUCGGCCUGGGCGACCGCGUCCAGGGGGUGGCCGAGCAGGCCCGGGGGGUGGCCGAACAGGUCUGGGACGCGGCCCUCCGGGCCCGGGAGGUGGAGAGCCACGUCCAGGGGGUGGAGGGGCAGAUCCAGGGGGUGGCCAGCCAGACCCGGGAGGUGGAGAGCCAGGUCCAGGACAUCGGGGCCCAGGCGGAGCUCUACGGACAGCGGCUGGCCGCCCUCGACGAGGGGCCUCCCGGGCCCGAGCGGCCGGACGGGGCCCGGAGCGACGCGUCCGAGAAGCAGAUUUUGCAACUGAAGCGGAGAGUGGACGCCAACGAGAAGGGCGUCGCCGAGGCGAUGGCACUGAUACAAGACGUCGUGAACAAGCUGGACGGCUUGAAGACGUCCCGGGACGACUUGAAGUCGGCCCAGGACGGCUUGAAGACGGCCCGGGACGGCUUCAAGACGGCCCGGGACAGCUUGAAGAUGGCUCGGGAUGACUUGAAGACGGCCCAGGAUGAGGAUUCGGGGGUCCGCGAGGAGGGCAUCCCGGCUGCUGACACUGUCCGGCAGGCGGGCCUUUUGAAUGUGGGGCAACGCCUGGCUGCGCUGGAAGAGCUGGUCACCGCCCAGGAAGACCUCCUGCAAAAUGUGGAGGAGAAGUUGAGCCAGCUUCCUGGAGGAGAGAGUGUGAACGUGGUCACCUGGGAAGACCUCGACCAGGUCUUGGCCUCUGGCUGGGACAAAAGCCCCACCGAGGUCUCUCCGGUGCCAUCGGCCAGGUCUUCCAAGGUGACUGUGGGAGGCCCCGGCCGGUCGAGGAAAGCCUCGAAAGGCACCCUUGGGCCUUCAGACGCCGCCACGGGUGCUGGAGGGCCCACGCCCGCUCAGCGCCCCUCUGCCCUGGGUGGGGCAGACCGCCACCCGUCUGGGGCACCGCCCUCUUCCCGCCCUAGGAGGCCAAGCGCUACCCUGCCCCAGCCCGGACACCCUGGCGGUACCCGGCGACUAUCAGGACCACCUGGCACCACCCAGCAUCCGCCUGGACACCCUGGCACAGCUCGGCAUCUGUCUGGACCUUUUGGCCUCACUCAGCAUCCGUCUGGACCCCCUAGCACCGCCCGGCGUCCGCCUGGACCUCCUGGCACCACCCGGCGUCUCCCUGGCACCUCCUGGGGUCCGCCUGGAGCCCCCGGCACUGCCCAGCAGCCCUCAGAGACUUCUGACGCUGACCACUGUAUCCCCGAAGAGCCAGACACUGCCCAGGAUCUCCCUGAGGGGCAGGACACUGCACAGUACCCCUCUGGGGCACCCGGCACCACCCAGAGCCCCUUGGAGACUUCUGACAUGGCCCAGGAUCUCUCUGAAGAGCGGGGCACUGCUCAAUACCCCUCACAGAUCCUUGAAACAACACAGUACCCACCUGGACUCCCGGGUACAGAUCAGGUUCCGCCUGGGUCCUCAGGGGCGGAUCAGCGCCCCCCAGGCGUUCCCGGACUUACGGGGGCCAGGCAGGCCGGCAAUGGUCUGCAGCCUUCUAUGGCUCCCACUUUCUCCCAGGCUGAAGAGACGGGCGCGGGCCAACCUCCCUCAGCGGCCGGGGGCCCAGCACAGAGGACUGCUACAGCCCCUGGUGCCACUCCGACUCAUGGGCCGGGCCCAGCUCUGCGCCCCUCUGGCACCGAUUGGAUUCCCUCCCAAGCCCAUUACCCUUCAACCACUGCCGCCCCUCCGGACGCUCAGUGGCCCUCCUGGCGCCCAGAAGGUGCCAGCCCCGGCCUGGAGGGCCCCACCCCUGGGGCCCUCGCUGGUCCUGGGCCCUGGCCCGGCCAGGAGCCUCCCGCUGCCCUCCAGCCGCCGGCCGGCCCCUUCCCUUUUGCCUUGGAGACGCUGUACCUGAUGAGUGAGCUCGCCACCCUCUACCUGGUCCUCAAGGGUCAGCUGGAGCAGCUGGACGGCACCGCGGCCGGAACCACCACCAAGGACAAGCUUCUGUACCUGCUGGGGCAGCUGGUGCGUAGAAACCUGCCCCCGGACCUGCCGGGGCAGCUCUCUGCUCUAAAGUGUCUGAUCUUGGAGGUGCAAGCGGACAAGGACAAGAUGUGGAAAAUACUCCAGGGCAAGGGCCUGGAAGAGGCCGCAGGAGCUCAGCGGAGCGAGAAGGAACCUGGCCAGCUGGGUAUGCAGUUAGGGUACCUCAGAGGGACCAUACAGGACAUUGAGAAGGAGCUGGGGGAGCUGAGGCACAAGCAGGAACAGGGCAAAGCCAAGCUGGAGCAGUCGGUGACCGACGCCUCCAUUUACCUGCAGGACCAGUUGGACAAGCUCCGGUCCAUCAUCGAGGGCAUGCUGACUUCUUCGUCCACCCUGCUGUCCAUGAGCCUGGCCCCGGCCCCAUCCCCGACCCCUCUGGAACCCAGCGAGAUAGACCCUCACGCCACCUGCCCGGCCUGCAGCCUGAGCGUGAGCAAACAGGUCAGCCAGCUGGUUCAGCGCUACGAGCAGCUGCAGGACCUGGUCAACAGCCUGAUGGUCCGGCAGGCCGAGAGCCGGUCCACCCGGAAGCCGCAGCUCCGGGGCCAGGACGAAGAGUUGCUGGACCGCAUCCAGGCCACCAUCCUGCAGGUGCAAGGGGACUGCGAGAAGCUGAACCUCACCACCAGCAACCUGAUCGAAGACCACCAGCAGAAGCAGAGAGAUAUCGAUUCUCUGUACCAAUCCCUGGAGAAGCUGGAGAAGGAGAAGGCAGACAAGGAGCACCUGGAGAUGGAAAUUGAUAUGAAAGCAGAUAAGAGCUUGUUGGCUGCCAAGGUCAGCCGGGUCCAGUUCGACGCCACCACGGAGCAGCUGAAUCGGAUGCUGCAGGACCUGCUGACCAAGCUGACCGGCCAGGAGCAGGACUGGCACAAGGUCCUGGAACAGCUCCUGCUAGAGAUGGACAACAAGCUGGACCGCCUGGAGCUGGAUCCCCUGAAGCAGCAGCUGGAGCAGCGCUGGAGGGCCCUGCGCAAGCAGCUGAAGGAGCACCCGCCGGAGUUCACGGCCGACGAUGCCGCGGGCAUCCGCAGGCAGCUGUUAGCACAUUUCCACUGCAUCUCAUGUGACCGGCCCUUGGAGAUGAUCGCCCCCGGACCGAUGGUGCUGUCCGUCCCCAAUGUCCCCGGGCUGCCCGGGCACCGCUCCACCCGGCCCUUCACCAUCUACGAGCUGGAGCAGGUCCGCCAGCAAAGCCGCAACCUGAGGUUGGGCAGCGCCCUGCCCCGCCUGGUGCAGGUGGAGCACAGCGUGGGCCGGCUGUACUCCAUGCACUCGCGAAUGCUCCAGGACAUCGAGAAGGUGCAGCUCCGCUUCGGCGGCUCCACCAAGGCCAGCAGCCAGGUCAUCCGGGAGCUGCUGCAGGCCCAGUGCCUCACCUCCGGCCGCUACCUCAGACGCGACAAGCCGUUGGAGCUGAGUGAGUGCACUCCCCUGUCCGUGCCCCGCCGCUGUGGAGGCAGCCACACGAUCACCUACCCGUACCGCCGCUAUGCCCGCCUACAGUACCUGCCCCCGGAGGGGGAGACCCCCCAACCCAUCCUGAAGCAGGACGAAGUGGACAUUCUGGGUCUGGACGGGCAUAUCUACAAAGGCCGCAUGGUGACCCGACUCCCGGCCAUCUGCAAGGAAGCCCCUCAACCAACCAACCGAUCUCAGGUGCCCAGAGGAACAAGCAGGAACUGGUCCAGGCGUCCGCAGUCCACGACCCCUCCCGGGGUGAUAACGACCAGCUCCCCUGGCGCCCCCACAGCGCCAAGAUGUCCACCCGGAACAGUUCAGCUAGCAGCCAGCUGCUGAAGGAGCGUCCCGUGUCCUCCAUGGGCCGCCUCUCCCAGCCCUGCCUCGACGGCGGCCCCAUGGACCUGCGCCUGUAUGGGAGCCCGGGCCCCGGGGAGCAGCUCCCAUUCCUGGUGCCCCCCGGGAUGCAGUGACCGGAGCUGCCAAUAAAGUUGGAGCAGAAAGCUG